AUGAAACCAACCCGCGUGGAUUCGACUUUGCCGCCUUCUACUACGGCUGCUACACAUCCCGCCGCCGAUCCCUCCGCCGGUCCCGCCGCCGAUCCCACCCCUCCUCCCGCUGCGCCUCCUUCCGCGCAGCCGGCCCCUUUCCUGAGCCCGUCGCGCCCACUGAUGGAACGCCUGCAGCGGUGGAAGCGCAUCUUCGGGCCGCGCCUCGUGCUGCUUCUCCUCCCCGACGGCUCUAUGAAGAUGUAUGCGCCGGGCGGAAAGACUCCCGCGCAUUCCGCCUCCAGCGGGGAUCUCUUCGGCGGAAAGACGCCCGCGCAUUCCGCCGCUAACGAGGAUCUCCGCGGCGGAAAAAAUCCCGCCAGCGGCGGAGACGUGCCCGCGCCGGUCAUCGCCGGGCUUCCGCGCGUCCUUGACUCCGCGCACCUCUCCCGUUCCGCGCGCCACCACACGCGAAGUCGGGUUCCGCGCAGGCCCCGCGGAGGCGGCGGAAGGGCUUCGGCGCGGCAGCUGACGGUGGCUGACGUCAUGCGCGAGCAUCCUGGGUAUUCCGUGGGAUCCAUGUCUUCGAAGCGCGCCGUGCUGCCGCGGGAUAAGGUGCUGCACCCGGGAGGGACGUAUUACCUCUCUAAACCGGCCCUCGCGGCGCAGGGCGCGCUGGAAACGCAGAGCGCGGAAGGGAAGGGCGCGGGAGGGGAGAGCGCGGAAACGGAGGGCGCGGAGGGGCAGCGCGGGAAGCAGCAGAGCGCGAAUCAGCGGGGCGCGCAAGCAGCUAACGAACCCGCGGGGCGCGGACUUCAAGUAGGAGGAACAACAGCUUCAUCAAGCGCCGGCCCUGCGCGUGACGGGCUGGUGGAGGGAGGGGGAGACGCACAGGCGGAUGAAGAUCCGGGGGGAGCAGAUCACGGCCUGCUGGUUGAUAUCCUCAGGAAUUCCCAGCCUGAGAAUUUUCCACACCCAAAGGAUGGUGCCAGGCAGAAUCAGCAGCAGCACCCGAACCAGCGGAGAGGGAUGCAUAUGGUGAAGGGGAUUCUCACGCUUGACAUCACCAGCGACGCUUCAGACAACGACGAGAACGGGAACGAGGAUGAUUAUGAUUUUCAUAAUGAUGAUAAUUUCUAUGGCUUCACCAGCAGUGCUUUUGAAGCGGGAUCCGAUGCUGAAUCCGACGCGGAUUCCUUCGCUACAACUGGGUGCACGGGCGGCUCGUGUGUCUCUACUCCCAGGAGGGAAGCUUCCAAGAAGCGGCCACCGCCCUCCGCCGGCCGGCCGCCGCGAUUCGAGCGGCAUGCAUCAGUGGGCUCCACGACCUGCGAGUCAACCCGGUCAACCGAGUCAACCCAGACGAUCCAGUCAACGCAGUCAACUCUGUCAAUCCAAUCGAUGCUCUCCCUACAGUCCUCGCAGUCAAUUCAGUCAACGCAGUCAACGUGGUCAACGCGGUCAACUCGAAUCCGACAGAGUGUGAGCACUCACAACACGCCAAGAGGGCCAACUCUCUCCCACUGGCAGCGGGAGGAGAAGUCUCCAAGAGGCACCUUGCACGAGUGGAAGAGAGGCGGACUGCCCAGAUCAAGGCCUGGGAUCUUCAAAACCCAGCAGUCACCCACUGCAGAGAAUCUGCAAUCCCCUAACCUGCCGUUUCCUGACCUGCACGAAGGCUGCGGCAGGGAAUCAGAAAGGGGGAGAGCCUGCGGGGAGAGGGGAGGAGUGGGUGGAGAGAGGGGACGAGGGGGAGAGAGGGGAGGAGUGGGUGCAGAGAGGGGAGGGGGUGCGGAGAGGGGGCGGUUGAGACGGCAUGAGUCGAGUGAGAGCAGUCGGCUGGCGUCGGCUCUGCAGCAGCUGUGGCGACAGGGGUCGGGCGGGUGGGGCGUGGGCUGGCAUGCUGGCACCUCCCCUGCUGCUGCUAUCUCCCCUGCUGCCUCUACCUUACCUGCUGCUAGCUCACCUUCUGGCAGACAGGACGGAUGGGCUGAACCUGAGCUCGGGGCGGCCACCAUCCAUUCCUGGAAGCUUCCCCGGUCGCACACGGUGGGGUCCCGAUCCGGUGUAUCGAAAUCCGCGGGCUACGGGGCGGAUCUGAGAGCGCAGUAUGGGAUUGUGUCUAAGUCAGGCGAGCAUGGGGAUUUGAGAGGUCAGUAUGCAGUGUCUAAGUCGGUAGGGCAUGGAGCGGAUGUGAGGGCUAGAUACCUGGAGCUGAGGCAGAAGCAUGGGCUGCCUGCUGGUGCAGAAGGGUCACACCCUGCACCCCUCCCGCUGGAGAGAACCCACAGUGUCCCUUCAGAUGCCUUCCUCCAAUCAGCUCUCUUUCCCCCGUCCCUCAGCAGCCAAUCAGAGCAGCCGAGCAUGGUAACCAGCAGCGGCAGCAGCUACAGUGCGGCUGCCAGCCCUGAAUUGACACCAGCUGUAAGGAGCGCAAACAAUGCGGUCUUUGCUUCUAACAAGCUGCUGCCUUUUCGCAGCAACGCUGCAUCCGAAUCGUCGGCAGAAACAUCAGGAUCUUCAGAACCAUCAGCAGCAGCAUCAGAGGGAGAAGAACGGGAAAGGAGCGCUGAGCCGCAGCCUCAAAUGGGAACAGGAGAGGAGGGCGGAGGGGUUCAGAGCGAGGAGGAUGGAGAGAGGAACAAUUUUCUUGCAGCGCAGAACCUGGGGGGAAGCAGCAAAGCCCUGAGCAAGAACAGCACGGAUGUUACUACAGAUGGGGAUUUCAGCAGUAGCAGGAAGGGAGUGGUAAAUGACGCCUCCGCUGCUCUUGCUGCUGCUUCUGACCAUGUGAUUAAAGCUGCUUCGGCACUGGGUUUGAAGGGCUGGAGCACUGAAGAGGCAGGUGAAACUUUCGCUCGGGGAGUUCGGCCAAUCAUACACGAGGGACGGCCGUUGAUUCCGGAGCUGAAGCGACCCAUCUGGGAGAAACCGCCGCCCGGCGGGAAGGUUCCUGGAAAAGAGGAGUUUGCGCUGCGGAGGGAGAUGGUGGAAUUCAGAGCAGAAAAGAACGUGGUGGUAGUGACUUUCGCCAACCACGCUUUUAUGGAUUUCGUGCUCAACUGGGUGAAGCACCUCACAGAUCUGGGGGUUACCAACAUCCUCAUAGGUGCCAUGGACAAUGAAAUUCUCACCGCACUCUACCAGGAGGGCGUGCCUGUGUUCGACCUGGAGAGUGGCAUGAGCCCGGGGGACAGCAGCACUCUACCAGGAGGGCGUGCCUGUGUUCGACCUGGAGAGUGGCAUGAGCCCGGGGGACAGCAGGUGGGGCACGCAUGUUCGCAACAGUCUGUGUAUCCCCUGCUUCCCUUCCUUUGCCUAGGCGCCAUGGACCCCACCAUUCUGAAAGCACUCUACCAGGAGGGCGUGCCUGUGUUCGACCUGGAGAGUGGCAUGAGCCCGGAGGACAGCGGGUGGGGCACGCCAGUGUUCCAUGCCAUGGGGCGGGAGAAAGUGACUCUGGUCAACGUGUUCCUCUCCAUGGGGGUGGAAUUGCUUAUCUGUGACACGGACACUGUGUGGCUCAAGGUGGGAGGGUGGGGAGGGUGGGGCACGCCAGUGUGCCAUGCCAUGGGGCGGGAGAAAGUCACUCUGGUCAACGUGUUCCUCUCCAUGGGGGUGGAGCUUCUUAUCUGUGACACGGAUACUGUUCGGCUGCGGGUAAGAAUAGCUGUAGUAAGAGCAAUCAGUCAGUGGGUAGUGGGUGGUGCGAGUGGGGUGGGUGGCAUGGUGGGAAGGAAGGGGUGGGGCACGCCAGUGUGCCAUGCCAUGGGGCGGGAGAAGGUCACUCUGGUCAACGUGUUCCUAUCCAUGGGCGUGGAGCGUCUUAUAUGCGACACCGACACUGUGUGGCUUAAGAACCCUCUGCCCUUCAUCGCUCGCUACCCAACAGCAGACGUCCUCACAUCCAGUGACCACCUUGUCCGCUCAGUUGAUGAUGAGUCCCUGGAGAAGUGGCAGCAAGCACAGAGCGCGUACAACAUAGGCAUUCUGCACUUCCGCCCCACCGACCUGGCCAAGCACCUUCUCUUCCUUGUCAUCUCACAGAGCGCGUACAACAUAGGCAUUCUGCACUUCCGCCCCACCGACCCGGCCAAGCGACUAGCUCGAGCAUGGGCAGAACUCCUCGCUUCUGACGCUAAGAUAUGGGACCAGAACGGGUUCAACGAGCUCAUGAGGAAACACAUGGGGCCCGACGUGGAUCCUGCUGCUGCCGACCAUGUGUUCUGGGCGUUUGAUGGCAGUCUGAAGCUGGGGAUUCUGCCAGUCUCCGUCUUCUGUUCAGGCCACACUUACUUCGUCCAGCAUCUGCACAAGGUGGUGGGUCUCGAACCGUAUGCUCUGCACGCCACUUUCCAGUUUGCUGGCACUCCAGGCAAGCGCCAUCGCUUCCGAGAGGCCAUGGCUUUUUACGACCCUCCAGAGUACUACGACCCGCCAGGUGGCAUCGUCUCAUUCGUCAACGACAUUCCCGAGGAGCUGCUGACGGGCGGCGAGCACACUCUCUCAACGCACUUCCACCUGGUCAACCACCAGCUGAAGAGCAUUCGUUCUGCUCUAGCUAUCGCCCUCAUUUUAAACCGGACCCUCGUCAUGCCAAGCACGUGGGCUCGAUUCGACCGCAUCUGGUACCCUCAUAAAGGCAUCCUCGAUAACACUGCAACGCCACAGCCGUUUCUCUGCCCACUCGACCAUAUCCUCAAUGUAGACAGGAUGCUUCCAGGGAAGCUUCCAGAAGAGGAGUUCGGGCCAGCAAUACCCUUUCGGGAAUAUUCUUUUCUUGACAACCCUCGUGUCCCAAAGGAGCUCCGAGCCUCCAAGCUCUCUGUGCGUAUCUGCAACGACACUGCUCCCGAUUGCCCCGUAGAAACGGACGCUCAGGAUCUUCCCAGAGCUCACACACUCGAUCUGGUGCUCAGGAAAGGCGUACGAGAGAAGCAGUUGCGGGAAGCAUUAUCUCGGUUUUCUGAUGUGAAGUGGAUCGAGUUCAGUUUUCUGCACGAUGUGUUUGGCGGGUGGGAUGACAAGGUGAGUGCUGGUGGAAGGACGUGGGGCAGAGAUCGGCACCCCCUCAGCAUGAAGGUCAACGUCUUUUCGCGAUCUGGAAAAGAGAUCGUCAAAGGCGGCCUCCAACUUCCCGAUGAGGCCUCCGUAGCAGAUCUCCAAAAAGCCCUUCACAAAACGAAUAAAAAAUGGUACCCUGCAAGGCAGAGAUUCACUCUCCCAGCGCCAGCGUCAGGAGCCAAACCCGUCGUUCUGGACGCCAAAAAGCGACUCGCGGAGUACUCUACAGGAACCACAUUGGACGUCGUCUUUAAGGAUCUCGGCCCUCAGAUCGGCUUUAAGACGGUCUUCUUCUGGGAGUACUUCGGUCCUCUGGUCCUCUACUCGCUCUUCUACUUCUUCCCGCAAGUGUUCUAUGUGGACGGUGCCAAGAGGAAGCUUAAAGAUGUCCAGACCUACGCACUCAUCUACUGGUCAUUCCACUACACGAAGCGCAUCUUCGAGACGUUCUUCGUCCACCGUUUCAGCCACGGCACGAUGCCGCUUCAGAACCUGUUCCGUAACUGCGGUUACUACUGGACCUUCGCAGCUUUCGUAUCGUUCUUCGUGAACCACCCGCUGUACACCCCAGUCAGCGAGACCCAGAUGAUGAUCGGAUUCGGCAUUGCUAUAGUCAACCAGCUCUCCAACCUCUACUGUCACAUCAUUUUGAGGAACCUAAGGUCCGGCUCGAGCUCGGGGUACCAGAUUCCGUCGGGCUUCCUGUUCAACUUCAUCACGUGCGCCAACUACACGACGGAGAUCACGGCGUGGCUGGGAUUCAACAUCGCCACGCAGUCCGUCGCCGGCUACCUCUUCAUGCUCGCCGGCGCCAUGCAGAUGGCCGAGUGGGCGCUCGCCAAGCAUAAGCGCCUCGUCAAGCUCUUUGAUGGCAAGGAGGGUCGCCCCAAGUACCCUCGGCGGUGGAUCAUGCUCCCUCCUUUCUUCUGA